GCGAGGCCUCCGUGUGACGUCAGGACGCUGCGGUCAGAACGUCGAAGCCCAAGGAAGACAAGAACCAGCCGGGUCGCGAGCAGUUCUGCGGCCGUGUCGCUGUCGCCUUGGGCCGCUGCUGACGAUUCUAGGGGACAAACUGCUGAGACGGUGAAAAAGCAGUCUGGCUCCUGAGGUCCACCCCUUAUGCCCCAAGGUCCAGAUGGCGGCCAACGUGGGUGAUCAACGUAGCACGGAUUGGUCCUCUCAGUACAGCAUGGUGGCCGGGGCAGGCAGAGAGAAUGGCAUGGAGACUCCUAUGCAUGAGAACCCGGAGUGGGAGAAGGCCCGCCAGGCUCUGGCCAGCAUCAGCAAAGCAGGAGCUGCCGGCAGCUCCACCAAGGCCAGCAGCAACGGGCCCGUGGCCAGCGCACAAUACGUGUCACAGGCAGAAGCCUCGGCUCUGCAGCAGCAGCAGUACUACCAGUGGUACCAGCAGUAUAACUACGCCUACCCUUACAGCUACUACUACCCCAUGAGCAUGUACCAGAGCUACGGCUCCCCCUCCCAGUACGGCGUGGCCAGCUCCUAUGGCUCCGCCACCCCCCAGCAGCCAUCGGCACCCCAGCACCAGGGGACUCUGAACCAGCCCCCAGUCCCCGGCAUGGAAGAAAGCAUGUCCUACCAGGCACCCCCUCAGCAGCUGCCGGCAGCCCAGCCCCCUCAGCCCUCCAACACCCCGCACGGGGCUCAUACUCUGAACAGCGGCCCCCAGCCUGGAACAGCCCCUGCCACACAGCACAGCCAGGCAGGGCCCGCCUCCGGCCAGGCCUAUGGGCCACACACCUACUCUGAGCCUGCCAAGCCCAAGAAGGGCCAACAGCUGUGGAACCGGAUGAAGCCAGCCCCUGGGACUGGCGGUCUCAAAUUCAACAUUCAGAAACGGCCCUUUGCGGUCACCAGCCAGAGCUUCAGCUCCACCUCAGAGGGUCAGCACGGCAGCUUCGGCCCCCAGCCGAACCCGGAAAAAGCCCAGAACCACCGGGGGAGCCUGUCCGGGAAGCCUGACGAUUGGCCGCAGGACAUGAAGGAGUAUGUGGAGCGCUGCUUCACUGCCUGCGAGUCGGAGGAGGACAAGGACCGGACCGAGAAGCUGCUCAAGGAGCUGCUGCAGGCCCGGCUGCAGGACGGCUCCGCCUACACCAUCGACUGGAGCCGGGAGCCCCUGCCCGGGCUGACCCGGGAGCCUGUGGCUGAGAGUCCCAAGAAGAAGCGGUGGGAGGCCCCUAGCAGCCUACAUCCUCCCAGGGGGGCAGGCUCAGCGACAAGGGGCGGGGGUGCCCAGUCCCAGCGAGGGACACCGGGGGCUGGGGGUGCUGGCCGAGCCCGGGGCAGCAGCUUCGCCAAGUUUGGCAACCGCAAUGUCUUCAUGAAGGACAACAGCUCCUCCUCCAGCACGGACUCGCGCUCCCGUUCCUCCUCCCGGUCCCCCACCCGCCACUUCCGCAGAAGUGACUCCCACUCGGAUUCAGACAGUUCUUACUCAGGGAAUGAGUGUCACCCUGUGGGUCGCCGGAACCCACCCCCUAAGGGCCGAGGAGGUCGGGGGGCCCACAUGGAUCGAGGCCGAGGCAGGGCGCAGCGUGGGAAGAGGCAUGACCUGGCUCCCACCAAGCGCAGCCGGAAAAAGAUGGCUGCGCUGGAGUGCGAGGACCCUGAGCGUGAGCUGAAGAAGCAGAAGCGGGCUGCCCGCUUCCAGCACGGACACUCCCGCCGCCUGCGCCUCGAGCCCCUGGUGCUGCACAUGGGCAGCCUGGAGAGUAGCGGCGCGGACCCCGACUGGCAGGAGCUACAGAUCGUGGGCACCUGCCCUGACAUCACCAAGCACUACCUGCGCCUCACCUGUGCUCCUGACCCGUCCACUGUGCGCCCUGUGGCAGUUUUGAAAAAGUCACUGUGCAUGGUCAAGUCCCACUGGAAAGAGAAACAGGACUACGCCUUUGCCUGCGAGCAGAUGAAGUCGAUUCGGCAGGACCUGACGGUGCAAGGCGUGCGGACAGAGUUCACGGUGGAGGUGUAUGAGACGCACGCCCGCAUCGCCUUGGAGAAGGGCGAUCACGAGGAGUUCAACCAGUGCCAGACGCAGCUCAAGUCGCUGUACGCCGAGAACCUACCCGGCAACGUGGGCGAGUUCACUGCCUACCGGGUCCUCUACUACAUCUUCACCAAGAACUCAGGAGACAUCACCACGGAGCUGGCGUACCUGACUCGGGAACUGAAGGCAGACCCUUGCGUGGCCCACGCCUUGGCACUGAGGGCAGCCUGGGCUCUGGGCAACUACCACCGCUUCUUCCGGCUCUACUCUCACGCACCCUGCAUGUCCGGGUACCUGGUGGACAAGUUUGCAGACCGGGAGCGCAGAGCUGCCCUCAAGGCGAUGAUCAAAACGUAUGUGAAGCUGGGUUCCCUCCCUGCCCCCUCUUCUCUGCCGGCCCCGCCGCCGCCCACCCCUUCUCCCCUCUGCCCUCCGCACCCUCCUGGGCUCCCAUCCCCGGGCCUGUGGUCCUCUCUGCCCGUCUCUUCUUUCCACAUACGCUCUGCUCCCCAGUCCCUCCUGCUUCCCUUCACUCAGUUCGCCCUCUGCGUCUCCUGUGUCCCCCACUCUGUCUCGCUGCUCCAGGGCGCCCUCUGCACCCCUCUGAGUCUCUGUUUCUCCUGCUCACGUCACCCCGGACCCUGGUUUGUCUUCUUGCUCUGGGCUCUUGGUUUCCUUCCUCCGAGGUCUCUGUUCACCUUUGAAGGCUCUCCCGUCACUGAGCUCCCACUCGGUAGAGACAGACUAGGAAGGACGGCCCUGCUCUUGGUAGCCUCUGAUCUAAUGGGACGAGACUCCGUUUGUUUCUGAGCUCCUUAAAGAGUGCAGAGCGUUUAGGGAGACCCGUGUGAUUCGGGGGCAAGCCAGGUCAGGGCGGUUCUCUGUUCAAUAGAUGUCACUGGUGCCGUGUGUGUGCGCGUGCGUGCUCGUGCUGGGGAACCUGUGGUCAGGGCGCGGAGAUGCCUCUGGGCGACAUGGGGCCAGAUCAGGAGACACUUGUUGUUGUCACAACUAGGGGGUGCUACUGGUGUCUAGUGGGUAGAGCCUCUUGUAGUGCCCAGGAUGCCCCAUGACGGAGAAUUACCCGGCCCCAGUGUCAGUCUUGCCAGGGUUGAAAACCCUUGGUCAGAGGUUGGUAGGUCCAAGGGGCCACAUCCAUUAGCGUAGCCACAGGGAUGGUGUGGAAAUGAGGAGACACAGUCACCCUGAAAUUAGGAGAUGCACACAUUCCGGGAUCCAGUUCGGGUCCAGAAGAUUUGAGGCAGAGCGGAGCCAGGGCAGAGGCCACAGAAGGAGAGACAAGGACGUGGGGCAGAGACACGGAGGCGGCAGGAAACACAGGACACGGUUGCGUACCCAGGGGUGAUGGGGAGGUGGUACGUCUGGAGGCCCCGGGGGCUGUCCCUCCGUCUGCCCUCUGCAGCGGGACAGCCGUUCCCAGGGUGUCAUGCGGGCAGGCUGGGCCUGGGAGCAGGGGUCCUGGCCUCUCACUGGCCAGACGCUCUCUCUCACCCCUUCCUUACUCCCUGGCAGACACGUCCCUCCCUCCCAGAGCCUCCAGAACCAAGUCCUGGCAGGGCGUGCGGGAGGCCAGCUCAGAUGUGGGGAGAAAUAGGCCAUCUCAUGCCCCCCGUGGCUAUCAAGGGCCACCAUGCGGCAUGGGCGUGAGGCAUCUGUCCUCUCUGCCGCUUGCUCCCUGUGCGAUUUGGAGCUCCGGGUUCGUUCGUGUGUGUUUGUAAAGGGUAGGGGUGACACGGUUUCUGGGAGCGAGCACAGCCAGUUCACAGCCGUUUUCUGGAACGUGCCAAGUCUCUUGUGCGCAACUGCAAGUGACUGUUGCCAGUGUGCAAGGGUGUAGUGGGGGCUGACCCUGUGCCCAGGGUUCCCGAGGCACUUAGACCCAGGCAGGGCGGGUUCCCCAGAAUAGCUGUCAGACCUCCCACCCGUGCCCAUGCCCGUGCCCUCGGGUCACUCCCUCUGCCUGGCCCCUGCCCUUGGGCCAAAGUGGGCCCUCUUCUGAGGGCCUGCUCAGGCCCUUGAGCAGCGGAGGAGCCAGCUGGGCCCUUCCCUCCCAUCCCCUCUCCUGGGUCCCCCCGUACAGGUAAGUGAGGGUGAAGGGGGGCACAACUGGGGCUGGGGCCACCACCCCUGCCCCGGGCCCCCCCAAGCCCCUGGAGGUGGGGAGGUCGGGCGGGGGUGGUGAUGAGAGGUCAGCAGGUAAUGUGCCGAGGAAGCCCUUUGGGUGCCCGAAGGGGGGGCGCCCACUCCCUGCUCGUGGGGCCCUCCCCUGCCCGCCGCCCGCCUCAUCACAUUCUCCUCUUGUCUCCGUAGCUUCCGCCCUGCGCUGCCAGUCUCCUACCUGCAGGCCGAGCUGGCCUUCGAGGGCGAGGCCGCCUGCCGGGCCUUCCUAGAGCCCCUGGGCCUGGCCUACACGGGCCCGGACAACGCCAGCAUCGACUGCCGCCUCAGCCUGG